AUGGAAUCCAGAGUCAUGAGCGGCCGCACUCCAUGGGUGGAGAAGCUUCUCCAGCUGGCAGCGUGCGUCACGGAGAUCCACCGCUUCUCCCGCCGCCUCCUGGACGCCCGCAGCGCCGCCAUCAGCGCCGCCGCUAGAGCCUCUCUCGCAGCCUCUCUCGCAGCCUCUCUCCCAGCGUCAGCACAUUACAGCCUGGCUGGAGCGACGGGCGGAACCACCACCUCAGUGUCAGAGAGUGGCCGGGAUGCAUCGCAUAGGGUGCUGGCAGGGGCGGCGGGGGGUGCGAGCGGUUUGCAGUGUGCGUUGGCGACGUGUGUGGAGGAGGAGGCACUGCUGCCGUACACACACGAGGUGGAUCGCCUCUUCUCCUCGCCGCUCCCUGUGCGAACCAUCUGGGCCAAGCUCUUUGUGUAUGAGCAGCUGCUGACAGGCCUCGUUAGAGUCACAUGCGCCAUAGAGCAAGGCAACCUCACAGGCGCGCAUCUGCUUCGCUUUCUCGAGCAGGAGAGCAGCUUCGGGCCCUGCCUGCUAUCGAUUGCUCUUGACACGUAA